GGCGGCGUUGAGUAGCAGAAUUUUCAGGUUUUGGUCGAUAUGUUGCUAAGAUGAUGCACUGAUGUCUGGUUUCCUUUAUCUUGACAGACUAGGAGACAGCAGCCCGGUGACAGCAGGAACCUCCCAGACAGCCUGGUGGCCUUGCUUUGCACCUGAUGUGGAUUCUCAUUCCUGGAGAGCCAAAAGAUAAGUUGAGGGCUGUGACUUAGAGGGGAUGGAAGGGGGUUGCUGUGUCAGGACGUGCCAGGAGGGAUUUUUGAGUCGGCUUUGGAGCUGAGGAUAUCCAGGAAAUGUUGUCUUGAGGCCACACAAAAGCGAAGUGUCACUUUUGGUCCCAGUGCUGAGCUGAGCAGAGGAGGGCAGUCCCGGUGUGUUUUGUCAUGUGGCUGUUGUGCAUUGUGUUGUGUGGCUGUCUCAUGUCUUUUCCCUUAGCCCUUUGAGGGGCCUAACAGAAACCCUGGCAUCAUUCUUAGCAUCUGUGAUCUCUGCAUUUCUUGGCCUGGCACCAAUGCUACAGGACUUUUGACACAGGAUCUUGGACAGGCAUCGGAACUGAAUUUCUCUUUAGGAGCAUCCAGUCAGAUAUCUUUGCAGGUCUUUUUCUGAGCUGUAUGUACUGCUGUGCAUCGCAAGGAUCCAUUAUGGCAGAUUAGGGCUCGUAAGAAUGCAAGGAUAGGUAGAGGAUUCUGCCCAUAGGAUUCUCAGACAUCCAUCUUUGUAGUUCUUGGAAUAAACUGUUCUCUUAUCAGAUUCUUCCUCCAGGGUUCUCUGAGCCUCAUCGGUCUCACCUCGGUCAUCUAAUCUUGCGUUCUCUCAGUCCUUGCAGUCAUUUUUGCCAAGAGAUUGCUGUCCUUGUUGUGUCCCCCUUGUUUGUCAUGUCGUGUCCUGUGUCACGGGUGUCUGCACGUAUUUGUGCCAGAGCUGCUCUGCCCUGCUGCAUAGCCUGGUGUAAUAGGACAAAUCCUGGGGGCUUGAAAUUUGUAGUGUGGGGUGUUGUUGGAUUAUAGAUGGGAUUUGUAGAUGGACCCAAGAUGUGUGGAGCUGUGAAGUUAUCCUGCAGCCCUUUGACGUUUGUCCUCACUUGCUUUUAGAUGCAGGUGGAUAAAAUCCAUGGCAGAGCACCCCAUCCCAGGAAGUAAAGCCACAUAUCCGCAGUCAAGGCGAGGUGGUCAAGGCAAUCCAUUUGGAGUAUGCAUGACUCCCCAUCACACACUGGCCGAUGCACUGUGAUCAUUGCUCUUGUGAGCCCUGUGGAAGUGUUACAGGACUUGGUGAUGAAGCCUCUGCCUUUCCUAUUUAAAUGUGUCACCCGGGUAGCCUUUGGCUGUGGCUGAGGAGUUGCAGCGGACCCUGUGAUGACGGCGUCAGCCUCCGAGCGCAGCCGAAGCGUGCGGCAUUCAUAAGGGACCCAGGCAUUGCUAGGGGAACGCUGACUAAGAGUCAACAGCCCGGUGACAGCAGUAACUUCCCAGACGGCGAGGCGGCCUUCUUUUGCAUCUGGCACGGAUUGGCAUCUGCAGAUAAGUCGAUGGCUAUGACCCACAGAGGGGAUGAUAGUGGGGUGCUUGGUUGGGACUCACAGGGAGGGAUUUUUGAGUCUGCUUUGGAGUUGGGGAUGUCCAAGAAGUGGCCCCUUAGGCCACACAAAAGCCAAGCGUCACUUUUGAUCACAAUGCUGAGGUGCUCAGGGCAGAGCAGUCCCGGAGGGUAUCGUGUCAGUUGUCUAUUGUGCGUUCUGUGUUUUUGGCUUUCUCAUGUCUUUUACCUUAGCCCUUUGAGGGGCCUAUCAGAAACCCUGGCAUCAUUCUUAGCAUCUGCGAUCUCUGCAUUUCUUGGCCUGGCACCAAUGCCACAGGACUUUUGACUCAGGAGCUCAGACAGGCAUCAGAAUUGCAUUUCUCUUUAGGAGCAUCCAGUCAGAUGUCUUUGAAGGUCUUGUUCUGAGCUGUAUGUACCUUGCAAGGAUCCAUUAUGGCAGAUUAGGGCUUGUAAGAAUGCAAAGAUAGGUAGAGGAUGCUGACCGUAGGAUUCUCAGACAUCCAUCUUUGUAGUUCUUGGAAUAAACCAUUGUCUUAGCAGGGUAUUCCUCCAGGGUUCUGGGAGCCUCAUCAGCUCGCCAUCAGUCUCAUCUCGGUCAUCUAAUCUUGCAUUCUCUCAGUCCUUGCAGUCAUUCUUCUUGCCAAGAGAUUCCUGUCCCUGUUGUGUCCCCCUUGUUUGUCAUGUCGUGUCCUGUGUCACGGGUGUCUGCACGUAUUUGUGUCGGAGCUGCUCUGCCCUGCUGCAUAGCCUGGUGUAAUAGGACACAUCCUGGGGGCUUGGAAUUUGUAAUGUGGGGUGUAGUUGGAUUCUAGAUGGUAUUCCUAGGUUGACUCUAGGAAGUUGUCUGGAGCUGUGAAGUUAUCCUGCUGCCCUUUGAACUUUGUCCUGACUCUGUUUCAGAUGCAGACAGAUAAAAUCCAUGGCAGAACUCCCUAUCCCAGCAUUGUUCUUUUUGUUUAUUUUUAGGAAGUAAAGCCAUCUAGCAGCAGUCAAGGCAAAGUGGUCGAGGCAGUCCACUUUCAAUCCAUGCCAGCUGAGGAUGCCCGAUGCCAGGUACCUUCCAGGCAGACUCUGGAGUCAAAUCAAGAUUUGAGGUACCGGGAGGAGCUUCGUAGGCAAAGUUUGGAGAGAGCACCACCGAAGCACACGAGACCGUCUCAACGUCCACGUCCCACCGGGGAUGGAUUUUGUCAGCUCGUCAUCCAAAAGCUAAGUGUUGGGGCCCAUAGUUGGGAGAAGGGGAAAAACCUUUACUAUCACAGGAGGCCAUGUGAUGUUAGCUUAGCGGAGCAAUCUGUAGCAGAACAGGUCCCCCGGAUGUCAAGGGAGAGGGUUUCUCCUCGGCCUCACCAGAGCCUUUGCCGGGCAGGGCAGUUCCGACCCGUCUCCGCGUUCUCGCGAACUUUGCGUCGUCAGCCUCCUUCGACCCUCGACAUCGUCGUGGAUCUUUCUCCCGAGGAGCUCGCCUUCGGGUCCGGAGCUAUAGCCACCAUCACCCGGCAGUCUUUGCUUCCUUCUCUAGGCCCACCGAGCCUCUCGAGCAUCCUCUUAACUGCUUUGGCACUAACUUCUUGUAAGGAGUUGCAUUUCAUUGUCACACGCUAUUGCCAUAGGACUCGCUUUAUUUUGGCAUCUUUGGCCUCUGGCUCAUCUUGCGCUAGGAAUCUUGAGUCCAUAAGGUGAAAGUGCUAGGCAGUUUCCACCUGUGUCUGUGUUAUGUCAGCUGUGUCUGUGUUACGUUGUCUACGUUACGGUGUCUGCGUUAUGUAGUCUGUGUCCAUCGUCUUCCGUGUCGUAGGCCUUUGUUACAUCUCGACGCCAUAUCGGCAUCAUUCCGUGCCGUAUCGGCCAUAUUUUACUCGCGUUCCUUCCCGGACAUCGCUUAUUCUGCCAUCUCUCUUUUGAGACACAAAGAAGUACACAAGAGGUUCUCAUCAGUCUUCCGUCUCAGCUGCGGUAGUGCCUUUUUCUUCCUGUGCUAUUCUCUUGGGCUUCUAUAGGGAGUGUCUUACACCCUCCUCAUGUGACUGCCAUAGUUCUGUAGGUUCCAUCUUCUCAAAGGGUACGGUGCUCAAGAAUUAAUCUUCCAGAGAGUUAUCCGAAGUCCUGGUUUACAUUGUAUGUGCUUAUGUUGUAUGUACCUAUGUUGGCUUAUAUUGUAUGUAAUUAUAUUGUAUGAAUCUAUGUUGGCUUAUAUUGUAUGUAAUUAUAUUGUAUGAAUCUAUGUUGGCUUAUAUUGUCUGUAAUUAUAUUGUAUGAAUCUAUGUUGGUUUAUAUUGUAUGCGCUUAUAUUGUAUCUAAUUAUGUUGGCAUAUAUUUGCAUGUACUUGUAUGGUAUGUAAUUCUGUUGCCUUAUAUUGCGCCACUUACGGUCGGAGCUGCCCUGCCCUGGCAUGUAGUCACAGUUAGGUAGAACAGUUAUAAAAACUUUACCAUUCAUCUAUCUUCUAUGGGAUUUUGGGUAGAAAACUUAGGGGCCCGGAGCAGGGACAAG